AUGGGAGAGGUUCCGAACAUCAAAAAUUCAAACUCUCCUGUUUCCCCAUUAUCACCCCUUCAGGAGGACAAAAUAUCUUUUGAGUCCGUAAUUCCUGAGUUCCAACCAAUAGUUGUCAAGUGUCCUGAUUCCACACCUUUUUCGCCUCUGAUAAACCUGGACCUGAAUCGGACCACGGAAUAUCAUCAUAUUCUUUCAAAUUUUGUGGACCAUGUUCCUAUAAGGAAUCACGUCAACAACUAUGUGAUUGAGGAAAUUAUUCCAGAAACAACUGAAGUCAAUGCCUCUGAAUUCUUAUGGGCAUCUCUAGAUGAUAAAGUUGAAGUCUCAAGCAAUGUGUCCUCUGAUUCAUAUGAAUUGGACUCCGUAGUUCUUUCAAAAACCAAAUUGGUUCCCAUCACUCCCAAAAUUUCAAAUCCAUCCAAAGGAAAAUCCUAUGGAUGCUCUCCUCAUCCUAAGAAGAAACCAAUGUUGAAUAGAAAUGAUGUUGUAGAUCCCAAGGUCGAAGCUAGAAAUGCUUUCAAAAAGGAAGUUAAAACUAGACAAGAUUCCAAAUUCCUUGCUAAUUCUAAACCAAGUUCAUUCCGGAAUCCUCGUGUCUUCACUCAUAGUCAAAACUCCUUUGUUCCUACAAGAAUCCUGAAGAGACCUUCCGAACCUCUUGUUCGUUCAGAACCAAAAGAAGUCCUUAACUCCAAAUUAGCUCAAGCUCAUGUUAAUGUCAAUGUCAAAACCAUCAGAAUUACCUCACCACCACCUCAAAAUGUAUCAUUUGUUUUUAUUGCAAAAUAUGAUGGCACAAUUUUUAAACCAAGAAUUUCAAAGAACAAUGUAUUACCAAAAAAAUUCACAAGUCCAAAAAUCACUCUUCCAAAAUCUUCAAACAAAAAUCUUGUGUGGAAAAUCAAAACAUCCGUUAACAAAGCAACUGUCUCGGAGAUAACAAAAAGUGUCCAUCCUUUGGAUACCAAAGUUCAGAAGAAGUUCACCUGGGUCUUCUUCCUACGGCUGAAAUCUGAAACAGCCUCUGAGCUCAUCAAUUUUAUCAAAGGAAUAGAAGUUAUCAUCAAGCUCUCGGUCAGAAGAAUCAAAAGUGAUAAUGGUUUGGAAUUUGUUAACUCCACCAUUGAGAAGUUUCUCAUAGAAAAAGUGAUCAACCACAACCUCUCAGCUCCCUAUACUCUACAACAAAAUGGUGUAGUUGAAAGACGCAAUAGAACACUUGUUCAAGCCGCUCGAUCAAUGCUAAACUAUGCAAACAUGCCACUCUAUCUUUGGGCUGAAGCUGUAUCCACUGCAUGUUUCACUCAAAAUCGAAGCAUCAUCAAUCGACGUCUCAACAUGACACCAUACGAAGUUGAGGGGGUGAAUAAUGCUAAUCCCUCUCUUGAAUCAAAUGUGGAUGGCUUCCAAGAUGCAGCUGCCGAAUUCGAUGACUCUAAUCCAAUCAACAAUGAUGACAACGAAAAUUUAUUUGAGUUCCCUUCUGAUGAUGAUGGGGAGCAACUAAAUCCUAUUGUUGAUAAUGAAUCGACCGUUGCUCAAGAACUUCCCAAAUUGCACGUUUGGACCAAGGAUCAUCCUCCAAACCAAGUGAUUGAAAAUCUCAAUGCUGGUGUUGAGACUCGCUCUGCUUCAAGUAUCCAAAAUGAAUGUCAUUUCUCCGCCUUCAUUUCUAUGAUCGAACCAAAAUCCAUUAAGGAAGAAUUGGAGCAUGCUGACUGGAUCACAGCCAUGCAAGAAGAACUGGCUGAAUUUGAUCGAAACGAAGUAUGGACUCUUGUUCCUCGUCCCCCAAACCACCCUAUUGUCGACACAAGAUGGGUAUUUCACAACAAACUAGACGACGCAUGA